GGAAGUCGGAAGGAGCCGCUCUGUCCGUCCCGCUCGUUGGUGGCGCGGUUGCUUAUCCCGUAGGCUGGAUCCUUUCAGCUGAGGGGCCGGCGCACGUUUAUUUAGAAACCUGUUUGGAGGUUAUGGAUGAUAAACCCAGCCCUGAAGCCCUAAGUGAGAGUUCAGAGCAUCUUUUCUCCUUUGGCGUUAUUGCAGAUGUUCAAUAUGCUGACUUAGAAGAUGGCUUUAAUUUCCAAGGAACCAGGCGGCGAUACUACAGACAUAGUCUUCUUCACUUACAGGGCGCCAUUGAAGACUGGAAUAAUGAAAGCAGCACGCCCUGUUGUGUCCUUCAGCUUGGAGAUAUCAUCGAUGGAUAUAAUGCACAGUAUAAUGCAUCCGAAAAGUCCCUAGAACUUGUUAUGGACACAUUCAAGAGGCUUAAAGUGCCAGUUCAUCAUACAUGGGGAAACCACGAAUUCUAUAACUUCAGUAGAGAGUAUUUAACACACUCUAAACUUAACACUAAGUUUCUAGAAGAUCAGAUCGUACAUCAUCCCGAGACCAUGCCUUCAGAGGAUUAUUAUGCUUAUCAUUUUGUACCAUUCCCUAAAUUCCGGUUCGUUUUACUUGAUGCGUAUGACUUGAGUGUCUUGGGCAUGGAUCAGUCUUCUCCAAAAUACGAGCAGUGUAUGAAGAUAUUGAGGGAGCACAAUCCAAAUACGGAACUGAAUAGUCCUCAAGGACUUUCUGAGCCCCAGUUUGUCCAGUUUAAUGGAGGAUUCAGCCAAGAACAGCUAAACUGGUUGAAUGAAGUGCUUACAUUCUCUGACACAAACCAAGAAAAGGUGGUGAUUGUGAGCCAUCUUCCCAUUUACCCAGACGCCUCUGACAGUGUGUGCCUGGCCUGGAACUACAGAGAUGCCCUGGCAGUCAUUUGGUCUCAUGAGUGCGUGGUGUGUUUCUUUGCUGGUCACACCCAUGAUGGUGGCUACUCUGAGGAUCCUUUUGGUGUAUAUCACGUCAGCCUAGAAGGAGUUAUUGAAACAGCUCCAGACAGCCAAGCGUUUGGCACAGUUCAUGUCUAUCCUGACAAAAUGACGUUGAAAGGGAGAGGCAGAGUUCCAGACAGAAUUAUGAAUUACAAGAAAGAAAGAGCCGUCCAUUUUCUGGAGGUCAGAAGUCUGAAGUCAUUUCCACUUGGCUGAAACCAAGGCAUUGGCAGGGCCGUGCUCCCUGAGGAGGGUCUAGGAGGAAUCCUCUUCAGCCUCCAGAGCUGUACUUCUUGCAUUCUGUGGAUCAUGGCCCCUUCUUCUAUCUUCAAAGCCAGCAGCGUAGCAUCUUCAGAUCUUUCUUCACUGUCGUAUCAUAUUCUCUGCUCUCCGUAGUCAGAUCUACUUCAGCCUUUGUCUUGCAAGGACACUUACAGUAACAUUUAGGGCCCAUCCAGGUAAACCCCAUCUCAGGAUGGCUUAAUCACAGCUGCAAAAUUUAUUUUGUGCUAUAAGGUAACAUAGGUUCCAGGGAUUAGGACAUGGAUCUCUUUGAGGGCCGUUGUUCAGCUGACCAGAGGUGAGUAUAAUGUACUCUUGCACUCAUAGAUCUUACCAUGAAUUGGACAUCCAUCAUUCAAAUGUGUGAAAUUUGCUGUUACACAAAGAAAGGACUGAGGGAACAUGGAAGAGGAAUUUAAUUUUGUUCGAAGGGAUUGGGGAUGACAUACAAAAUGUAGAAAAAUGACUUAAAUAAGUGGGGAAGAGUAUAUCAAGUAGAAUAGCAAAAGCAGAGGCAUCGAAGGAUAUGCCAAAGUUAGACAUGGCCAGUCAUGCUGUGACGAUUCACCAAAAAGGUGCCGGGCUGGGGGCAGGGGGAUAUGGCAAGAAAUACGGCAGAAAAGGGCAGGCUGGGGCUAUAUUAUGGAGAGCCUUGAAUGAUGAGCCAAGAGUUAGAAUUUAACUUGUCAGAUAGUGUGGAGCCCUUGGAGCUUUCUGAGCUGGGGAAAUACAUGAUUAGAUUUGUGUGAAAUAGAGAACAAUGGAAGAAAAAUGUGAAGGUGAGAAAGAUUUUAAUAACAGAGGCUGGGCAUGGUGGCUCACGCCUAUAAUCCCAGCACUUUGGGAGGCCGAGGUGGGUGGAUCACUUGAGGUCAGGAGUUCCGGACCAGCCUGGCCAACAUGGUGAAACCCCGUCUCUACUAAAAACACAAAAAUUACCUGGGCAUGGUGGCAGGUGCCUGUAGUCCCAGCUACUUGGGAGGCUGAGGCAGGAGAAUCGCUUGAACCCAGGAGGUAGAGAUUGCAGUGAGCUGAGAUCGCGCCACUGCACUCCAGCCUGGGGGACAGAGCAAGACUCCAUCUCAAAAAAAAAGAUUUUAAUAGAAAUAUUAAAUUUAAUAAUACUUAAAUUCAAUUUCAUUAAUAAAGACUUCAGGCCGGGCACGGUGGCUCAAGCCUGUAAUCCCAGCACUUUGGGAGGCCGAGACGGGCAGAUCACGAGGUCAGGAGAUCGAGACCAUCCUGGCUAACAUGGUGAAACCCCGUCUCUACUAAAAAAUACAAAAAACUAGCCAGGCGAGGUGGCGGGUGCCUGUAGUCCCAGCUACUCGGAAGGCUGAGAGGCAGGAGAAUGGCGUAAACCCGGGAGGCGGAGCUUGCAGUGAGCUGAGAUCCGGCCACUGCACUCCAACCUGGGUGACAGAGUGAGACUCUGUCUCCAAAAAAAAAAAAAAAGUUGCCAUCCAGAUGCUUAAAUAUAGGACUGUCCAACAGAAAUGCAAUGUAGGCCACGCAAAUAAAAGUAAACAGAAACAGAUAAAAUCAACUUAACGGUAUAUUUAACCCAAUAUAGCCAAAAUACUGUUUCAACAUGUAAUCAAUACAAAAAAUAUUUUACAUUCUUUUGCUACCCAUGUCUUUAAAAUCCAGUGUAUUUUACAUUUAAAGCCCCCCUCAUUUGGACAAUAAAAUUUCACUGAAAAUACUGUAUCUGUAUUUAGGUAUCAUAAAAUUUGCAAUUGGAAAGUUAGAUUCAAAUACCCAAGUUGUUCUAAACACGGUAAGUUUUCUAAUCAUCAAGUACCCAUUUUAAAAUGAAAAUGGAAAUGAAAAAACAAAACCUCUCCUCCCUAGGGUUACUUUGGACAUCCAUUUGUAAAGAAUGUGUAUAGAUUUUGACCUUAUUUCUCAUUUAGAAGGUACUUAUAUUCCCUAUUUCCUUCCUGAUUGGUCCCUAAUUCCUUUAUUCUAUCCAGCUUCCCUUUCUUUCCAAGACAUGCCUGCUCAUUUGGUUCAUCUAGAGUUCUCCUUGAGUUCACUGCACUGUGCCAGAUCUGGAUAAGAUUAGUUUAGGGCUGGGCUAGGCAUGGUGGCUCACACCUGUAAUCCCAGCACUUUGGGAGGCUGAGGUGGACAGGUCGCUUGAACUCAGAAGUUCAAGACCAGCAUGGGCAACUUGGCAAAACCCUGUCUCUACGAAGAAUUUAAAAAAAAACUAGCCAGGCGUGGUGGUGCACACUUGUAGUCCUAGCUCUUUGGGAGGCUGAGGUAGGAGAUCACCUGAGCCCCGGGAGGUCCAGACUGCAGUGGGCCAUGAUCAUACCACUGCACUCCAGCCUGGGCAACACAGUGAGACUGUCUUAAAAAAAAGAAAGAAAGAAAGAUCGAGGUAUAGCCCUCUCUUGAACCUCUAUUUCAGUAUAUUACCCAAUCCCUGCUCCCCUCUAUUUUAAUCAUGGACAGCCCUCCGUAAUCUUUCCGAAUACUUUAUAUCUUCAGAGUGUUCUUACAUUAUCUAGAUUGAUCCUUGCUACUGUAUAAGUAAGUAGAUGUGGCAUUAAUCCUAUGUUAUAAAGAAAUAUCCACUAAGAGGUUUAUAUAUUUGCCCAAAUUACAUAGUUACAAAGUUGAGUUAGAACUCGUAUUUUUAAACUUCUAUUCUCUAGCCUUUUCCACUACAUUAUGACACAAGACCCUGCAGAAAGUCUUCCGAAAAUAUCAGACUGUCUCUGACUUGUCCCAUCCAAUCUUAUAUCAAAUUAUACGCACCCUUAAAAAGUUAUUUGGAGUUUUAAAAAACUCUAUUAGCCCAAAUUACCUAAAAUAAACUCCCUGGCUUGUUCCUCUAAUGUUUAUAAAAAAUUGAUUGAAAAUAUUCAUUUUAAAAACAAAGUUCUUGAAUUUAUUUAAAUUACUGUCUUGCAAUGAGUUGGCCAGGAGGACCGCAUUUCCUUGUUAAUAUAUAUGUAGACCCAUGAAAUAAAUGGGAAAAGUGUGAUUACAAUGGCAAUAGCCAACUGAAUUCUUCCACCAACUGGAGUCCUAUAAAGACACAAAAAUUAUUAUAAAUAAAAAUCCAGUAAAAAUUACGGAUUGCUUUGGAAACAAGUAUAAAGACUGAAUUGAUAAAACACAUAAUUACAUUUUAGUAUAUUAUCAUCUCAGUUGUUUUAUUGAAAUAUAACUCAUUGAUUUAUAGAAAUUAAUUAUAUAUAUGCUAAAUAUAAAUCCUUGUUUAUAUGUGUUACAAAUACCUGGUCCCACUUGAUGUCUUUUGAGGAAGUCAAUGAUUAAUUUGACAGUGUUAAAGUUGAUCUUUUCCUAAUGAUUUUUGUGUUCUGUUUAAGAAUUUCCCUCACCAAAGUCUUGAAGGUAUUAUAUUCUCUAGAAGUUUUAUUGUUUUUUACCACAUAUUUAUUAAAGACAUUUAUAGUUUGUUAAAAAAUACUGCCCUGAUAUACACAACAUUUUCUUGAUAAUGGUAAUUAAAAACUACCCCCACCCUGCCAUGUUCACACCAAUAUUCAAUUUAGAUUGGUUUAAUCUUGAAGUGUAAUCCAGUAAGACUGAAGACCAAACACUUCAGGUCCUGGGCAUAGAUAAUAAAAUACUCGUAAGCCCUCCAGAUCCUUGGAUUGAUUUACAUCAAUAAGGGAACCAAUUUUUGAUGUUGUAAAAGAAAUGUGUUCAUCUCCAAUAACGAUUUCAAGCUCCUGCCAGCCCACUUGGUUGGGAGGAGGCCAUAAUGCAUCAUCCUCUUUGAUAAUUUCCCUGUCAUAAAUUAUACUCUUCAGUUCCUCCAUCACACUUUUAUGUACAUAAGCCUCUUUUCUGAUCAUGACAUCAUUCUUACAAUUGCUGUUGUUGGCUUAUCUUAAUUUCCCGUCUGGUCAGAACUCAAACUCCAGAAACUCGUGGCUGAACUUGCCCUUGUGCCCCACGUAGUAAUGUAGAUAAAAGUCACUCUGGAUGGCUUGCAAAAGACAACCGAGACCGAACUUCUAAGAGAAAGCCGCACCUCCACGGUCUGUGCCUGACACUCUGUUUUGCUUUUUUAUGAUAGAUCUGUGAUCCCCUUGGAAUUGAUUUUUAUGAAAGUUGUGAAGUAGGGGUUGUUUCACUUUUUUCCAAAUGGAUAUUGAAUUUAUCCAAGCCUAUUUAUUGAAAAGACUGCCUUAGAUACCGUGAAGUACUAUCUUUGUCAUAAGUCUAAACUCUACAUAUGUAUAGAUCCGUUUCUAAAUUCUACUGUUCUAUCAUUUUAUUUAUUCAUCCUUUUGUCAUUAUAUGUUUAGCCCUCCAAUUAUUUAGGUCUUCUUCAAUUUCUCCCAUAAUGUGUUCUAGUUUUAUGUGUAGAGAUUUUGCAUAUCUCUGCUAGAUUUAUUCCUAGGGAGUUGAUUUUCUGAAUGUUUUUAUAAAUGUUAACUUUUUGUUUUAUCACUUUCUGUUACUUGCUGAAAGAAAUGCAGUUAAUUCUUGUGUCCUGAUCCAGUGAUCAUAUAAAACUCACUUAUUCUAGUGAUUUCUUAGAUUCUUUUUUAUUUUCUACAUAUGUAUUCAUAUCACCUACAAAUCGUAAAAAUUUUAUUUCUUCUUGUCCAAUCCUUGGGCGUUUUAUUUCUUUCUCUUGCCUUAUUUUACCAGCUGGGACAAUAGCUAGCAUGGCAUUGAGUACAUAUGGCCAACCUCAUCUCAUUCCUGAUCUCAGAGGGAAAGUUUUCAACUGUUCACCAUUAAGUCUCAGGCUUCAGUGUGGAUCUCUUCUAUCAGGCUAAGUUCCCUCCUAUGCCCAUUUUCUGAGAGCUUUUAACAUGAAUGGAUGCUGAAUUUUAUGAAAUGCUAUUUCUGUAUGAAUCUACAAGAUAGUUUAUUUUCUUCUUUCAUUCCAUUAAUGUGGUGGAAAACAUUGGUUGGUUUUUCAAAAUGUGAAACUAACUUUGCAUUCCUAGAAUAAACCCAACUUGGUGGUUGGGUUAUAUAUUGCAGGAUAUGAUUUGCUAAUAUGUUGUUUAGUUUUCCAUCUGUGCUCAUGAGUGAGACUGACAUGUAAUUUCAUUUUUUUGUCAUGUUCUUGUCAAGUUUAGGUUACCUGUCCUCAUAAAAUUAGUUGGAAAGUGUUUCUUCUUUUUCUGUUCUCUGGAAGUAUUUAUUGAAAGUUGGUAUUAUUUUUUUCCUUAAAUAUUAGGUAGACUUCUCCAGUUAUGCCAUCUAGGUUUAGAGUUUUCCUUUAGGAAAAAUUUAAAUUAUGAACUCUAUUUUUUUUUUUUUUUUUUGAGAUGGAGUUUCAUUCUUGUCGCCCAGGCUGGAGUGCAAUGGCGCGAUGUUGGCUCACUGCAACCUCCACCUCCUGGGUUCAAGCGAUUCUCCUGCUUCAGCCUCCUGAGUAGCUAGGAUUACAGGCGCCUGCCACCACGCCCAACUCAUUUUUUGUAUUUUUAGUAGAGAUGGGGUUUCACCAUGUUAGCCAGGAUGGUCUCAAACUCCUCACCUCAGGUGAUCAGCCCACCUCAGCCUCCCAAAGUGCUGGGAUUACAGGCGUGAGCCACUGCACCCAGCCCUAUGAACUCAAUUUCUUUAAUAGUUAUGGGACUGUUCUGAGUAUUUCUUCUUGUGUAAAUGUUGGUAAACUGUAUUUUUUCAAGAAAUUUGUCUAUAUUUUCAAAUUUAUUGGUGUAAAGUUCUUCAUAAUAUCCACUUAUGAUUUUUACAAUACUUAUUAGAUAUAUAGUAGUAGUCUCUUUUUUAUUCCUGAUAUUUGUUAUUUUUAUUUCCUCACGCUCUUUUUUCCUUUUUGUCUUGUCAAGGCUUAUCAAUGUUAUAAAUCAUUUUAGAGAAUCAAUAUUUGACCUUGUUAAUCCUCUAUUUUUAUGUUGAUUUUCUUAUUUCACUGACUUCUGCUUUUAUAUUUAUUUUCUUCUUGUUUCUUUGGGGUUUAACUUGCUGUUCUUUUCCUAACUUCUUGAAAUGAAAAAUUCCUAACUUGCUGGAAAAAAAUGUACUUAUGGCUAUAUGUUUCCCUCUAAGCAAGAUUUUUAGCUGCAUCUCACACAUUUUGAUACGUAGUAUUUACCUUAUUCAGUUCAAAAUAUUUUCUAAUUUCUGUUGUGAUUUCUUCUUUGACCCAAGUGUUAUUUGAAAGUGUAUUUCCUAACUUCCAAAUAUACAGGAAUUGCCUAAUUAUCUUUUUGUUAAUGAUUUUUAGUUUAAUUGCACUGUGGUCAAAUAACAUACUCUGUAGGAUUUCAGUCCUUUGAAAUUUGUUGGUACUUAUUUCAUGGCCAAACAUACAGUCUUUUUGUAAAAUACUGAAUGUGCACUUGAAAAGAAUGUGUAUCCUGCCAUUCUUGGUUUAUUGUGUGGUUAAAAUCUUUUAUAUCGUUAUUUUUCUUUUUUGUGUUUGUUUGUUAGUAACUGAGAGAAGUGUGUUAGUCUCCCAAGAUGACUGUGGCUUUUUCCAUUUUUCCUCUUAGUUCUGUCAUUUUUUGUUGUAUUUAUUUGGUGGCUAUAUUAUUAGGUCCAUAGAAAUUUAGCACUGUUAUGUCUUCUUGAUGAACUGAACCUUUUGUCAUUGAAAAGUGUCUUCCUUCGGCA